CCACUCAAAAACCCCUUGCAGCUGCAGCGACGAUGGGCCAAUGACAGGCCGGCAACAGCAUUUGCUUACGCAGCUCUCUACCACACACAUGGCAGCUGUCAUGAAGUAGUGACAGCCAAUCGAUUCGAUUGAUGGUUUCUUUACUUAGUUCCAUGUUUUUCUACUAUGUGGUUCCCUGGAUGGACUUAUUGAUGGGGCUUUGUUUUUCGAGCCGGUCUGCUGUCCUCAACUGCCUAAAGUGGCUCAAAUGGCUCCGCAUAUGCAGCAAGGUGGCGGGAGGGAUGUUUCGUUGUCGGCAUCUGGCCAGCAUCACUUCAUGCCCAACGUCGGAGAUGAUAGCCCGCGGCAAUGAUGAUGAUGAUGGUGUUGAUAAAAGAUGGGGACCAAUGGCCCGCCAAUCGUAGCAGUGCCGAGCGAACCCAAUUAACUCCAGCCUCCAGAAGCGACCGGCCGCUAAUUGUGUGUGUAGACACCGGACCGUCCGAUG